AUGGACUCUGGCGCUGAGAGUCAGGAGUGGGCCCAAAGACCGAAGAACAAUGAAUCCCAAACACUGCUGGCGAAACAUCUGAAGGAGAAGAAGUCAGAAUGGGAUGCCAUUACGGCACAGAAGGAACCACUAAGGCUGCUUGAUCUGCCAGUUGAUAUUCUGCAGGCAAUUCUGCGGGAACUGACACAUACAAAUGACCUUACAUCGCUCGCGCUGACGCACUCGGCCUUGCAUGCGUUGGUGAUACCCCACAUCUACUCGAGGUUCGACAUCGUCUGGCCUGAUGUGAAUGCGACCUUCGAAAACCGUAUGGGGGUGGACGCUUUGACAUAUGGACUGGCAACCCUGGUCAUGGCACAAGACGUGUUCGGCGAGGCGCCAUAUCAACAAGAAUCCCCGCAUCCAUGUUCACAUUGUGGCCAUUAUACCCAGCCGCCCCUUCAACCGACCAACCGACCUCGCAAGAUCCGACGUGGAAACUACUUUGCGAGAUAUACUCGGAAGUUCAGUUUGGGCAAUGGCCCUGCUGACUGGGUUCAGGAGUAUCUUAUUACAAAAGAGGGCGGAAAGAUGCUGGGUACUCUCGUGGCGCUCGCGGUUGGGAGGAUGCGAAACCUUGAAGCCUUCAUAUGGGAUAUGCCGACAGGUGUUCUUCGAGAUGUUUGGCUUGCCCUGGCUUCUCUCGGCAAUCGGGAUGAUGGACAAGAAUGCCGCCUCGACCGAGUCUGGGUACGCUGGCACGACAAUCAAGAUCAGGGCCCUCUGGCUUCUCCCCCACCACCUGGUACCGGCCCAGGUCUACAGGCGUCGAAUUUGCCUUCCAUCCUUGCCGGCUCUGCACAUUCUCUAUUCCAAAUCCCGCCCUAUCCCAGAGUGGAGUUCCCAACGUUCUCAAUAUUACCACCUCUCCGAAGUUUGAGUGUGCUCGACAUCGAUGAGUUGCCCUAUGCCGAGGAGAUGAGUGUGUUGAUUGAAAGAUCUCUGGGGAAGUUGCAAGAACUCAGAGUGGGGAUGGCCUCGCAUGCGCAGUUUGACAUCUGGGCUCGACCGGCCGAGGACAGAGCUCCUGUUCUACCUCCACUGAUGAACGGACUAGGCGAUCAGUCACCCCGUCCCGGUGGUAUCCUCGGCAUCUUGGUUCAUCGGUUCUGCAACGCCUUUUCGCAUCAUCACCAAAGCGGUCCGUCUUCGAUUCUCGACCCCCAGAAGACUGUGUUCGAUAGAUAUGCUGGAGCAGACAAAGACGCAGAUCAAGGAAAGGAAGACGAGCUUGAGGCACCAGUUAACCCUUCAGACAUCAACCAUCUUGGGGUCUUGCUGUCUGCCCAUAACAUCCAAGAUGAUGACCCAGAGACGAUAUCAAUUGCUCCGACAAAGCGAAAUCUUCCCUACAGUCAGCCACAAGUCCUCAACGCACACCAUGGUCAUACCGGUGGGUAUCUAUUCCAGUCGUGCGGCAAGGCCGGGGGUGCAGAGCGAAAGCUUGAACUGGAAACUCUCGAAAUCGAACGAGUCUAUCUAUCGAUCACGGUGUUAUCCAACGCGAUUGACUGGUCACGGUUGACCACGCUCACGCUGUUGGGGUGUCGAAACCACGAACAACUAUGGAGGGCGCUUCGAAAGCGUUUCACACCCACCAGUCGUAGAAGGGCGUCUUCCGCAGCCUUCAGAGGUUCGUCCAACGGCGCCGGCGCCCCGGACUCUGGACCGUCAGCAACACCGGCUUUCUCGGACUACGUGUUGAAUUUGAAAAGAUUGCACACCGAUACCGUGUCUCCCUCUCUAAUUUCUUUCAUCAAAGACACACUGGCACCAGACAGUCUAGAGUGGCUCUUUCUGCAGGAAAACUCGACCUACAAAUCCCCAGUUACGGUCGACAUGAUCUACAAGGGUGCCAUCCGACGGCAUCGGUCCAGUUUGACCAAACUACUCGUGGACAGUACAUGGAGAACAGAAGACCCAGAUGCUUCAGACAUCAACUGGCGACGGUGGGUAGUGAACCGGGAAUUGAUCACCUGCAUCACCAGCGGCAAGAUGAAACUGCGCGAGUUGAGCAUGUCGAUCGACUACAAAGACUGGCAUUAUUUCCUGCGCCGGUUGCCCAACGCUACGACCUUGAGGUCCCUACACAUCCCGCAUAUUGCCGAACAUGUGCAGGGCACAGUCCAUUCCCGUGAGGCAGCCUUGCAGGUGCUGGACAUUGUUGCUCUCCGGCCGGAACUGGAGCUGUGCUAUCUGGGCGUGCAGACCCAGUGUUUCGAGAUCCUGGAGUUCGCCAAUACACGGAAAGUGUCCGGUGUGGCGCCGCCUAGUGGAUCCAAUGCCGUCUUUUACCCUGGAGAACUUGAAGACAUUGAAACGGAUCAAGAUGUCGGACCGACGGGUGGUGGUGGAGGAGGCCUUACACAUCCUAACCAUCACCACCUCAAUCACAAUCACAAUCACAAUCAUACGCAUCUCCCACACAGCCAUGCCCAGCACGCCCACCACGCUGUUCACGAGGACGGCCGUGGCGACGAUGAAGACGAUGACUCAAGCGACUUCGAAGGCGUCUCGGAUACCGGCGAUGACGGGAGUGACGAAGAAGUCGAACGAGGCGACGACUCUAACGCGCCCAAGCGAACCUGGCGUCUGAGGGAGAUCUUGUUCUACGAUGAUAAGAUCUCCAUUUUCAAGGCCCGACAUGGACGGUUAUAA